AUGCCUCCUUCCGAUAUUGACGUCGACACGCAGUCCGCCACAACGACCCGCUCCUUUCCAGAGUGGACGCAAGAGGACGACAGCGACAUUGACAUUGCCUCCAUCGCCGAGAGGCAGCGCCUUCGCUUCCGAGCUGCCAGUGUCGCUGGCCGACAGAGAUACCAGUCCCCACCACGCGAACCGCCAUCCAUGCUCACGCGCAGAGACGUCAGCCAAGAGGCUCAUGGGAUCCGGGCCAUCCUCGAAGAGCGAAAGCUGGGCAACUUUGCAAAGGGACUCGGGUCGGCUGUGGCCGAUGUCGCAGAAGGACUCCACGACUCGGGCAAUGCUGCAAAGUCUGCGUUUGCACUAGGAGGAGGGAUCGGUGAUGCUGCCAACGCGGCCGUGGGAUCAAUUGCCGAUGGGAUAGGCAAGGGCGUCAACGCCGUGGCCAGCGCUCUUGGUGGUAGCGACAGCGAGUCGUCUGAACAUGAGCACAAGACAAAGACAAAACCACCAAAGAAUGAUCCGCCUCCACCAACACAGGAGCCACCGCCUCCAGCUCAAACCAGCGAUCCUCCUCAAGUGACGAGCGACCCCCCGCAAGUGACAAGUGAUCCCCCUCAAACGACAGCAGCACCACCACCACCGCCGCCGCCACCUCCCAAAGAAACCAAACCUCCGCCGCCGCCUCCCAUCUCAAGUGACAAGAAGCCUGAUCCUCCAAAGACCACUGACAAACCAAUCGAUAAUAUUCCCCCUCCCAAGGCAGAGCAGCCAUCGUCAGAGACGACAGAUGACCCUCCUUCCACAGACUCGUCAUCCACGACGUCCAAGACCUCCUCAAAGGAUUCGCCUGAUGCUUCACCUACAUCUACGGAUGAAGACCAGAAGAUUUCCCUUAGUGUUAUCGUCCCUGGGGCGACCGUGACCACCACCCAGAGUGGCACACGCCUGCUUCUCACGCCCGUAUUGUCGAGUGCUCUUCCUGCCAUUACAUCUGGUGCGAAAAAGGGUACAUCAUCCGGCGAUUACUUCAGCACGACGCCGUUUGCCGUGGCUCCCGGUCCGACCACAAUGCUCACCAGCGUUUCGCGGACUUCGAGCUUGGGGGCGGGACAGUCUGUUACGCCAUACCCUGACACCACCAAGCCCGAGCCCAGCGGCCAAGGUGGUGACGGCCAAGGUGGCUCUCGCGGUGGGCCCAGCCCCGGUCAAGGUGCUGCCGUCGCGAUGGGAGUAUUAGUCUGCGUUUGUUCACUUGCUGCCGUCGGAUUCUACUUUUGGCGAACACGCAAGCAGCAGAGGGAUCCUGCCUCUGGCGGCGAUCGGUCAUUUAGCUCACUAUUCAGACCGCCUCUGGACAAAGCAAAGCGUGGUCUCGCCAACGUUGCGAGCAAGAUCCCAUACGUCCGCGACAGAUUCUACAAGAACGAUAGUUGGAAGAGUCUCGGUGAUCCAUAUGGAGACUUUUUCGCAGAAAAGAUGACCAGUUCAGCCACUCCCGCCUCGGCUGGCCCUGCUCCCACCACGGCGGACAUUCCUAAGCUCGCACCCAUCACAGUGCAAACGACCUUUACACGAGAAAGCUCCAUCAUCUCCCAGUUUAACAGCACCGCUGCGGUAGGAGGUACGGUAUCAUCUGUCGGCGUUUCGACCAUGGCCGUAUCCUCGCUCGGCGUCUCCCCAGUUGCAGAGAUAAGCACCCGAGCGGCGGCCAUGGGACCAUCGGCCGUGGGAAAGCAUCUCGUCGCAGCGCCUGCCUCAAGCACCACCCCUUCAUCAACGUCACCAUUCGAGGCUCCUGGCGAUGUGCCAGCCAACGAUGCAGCCGCAAAGCCAGCGCACAUCGCCUCGCAGGUUCGGCAGCUCGUGGGCACCAACCACGGUCCCAAGCCGUCCUUUUCCUCCAUCACGCCCCAGUACAAUUUGACGCUACCCUCUACAUUCGGCGCCCGGCGCAUCAGCGACCUCUCCUCUCUAUCUUCGGGCUUUGGCGACGGCGACAUUGUCGUGCCCUCCUCCAGGCAGCAGAGCCGCAAGUCCACCACGUCCAGCAAGCUCCAAAACGUCACCAACAUGACUGCCGAGAACGAGCAGCAGCAGCAGCAGCGCAACCGCCACAGCACCGCCACCACAGUCAACAGCAACGGCUCCGCGCGCAGAGACACGGUGUAUACGGAGGCGUCCGAGGACUCGCCGCCGCGCUUCCGCACCGUCAGCUCGUGGGUGCGCCAGCAGACGGGCCGCGUGAAGCGCGAGGAGCAGCGUCAGCAGGACGCCGCCGACGAGUCGGGCACGCCGCCGCCCGUACCGGCGAUUCCGCCCGAGCAGGAGUUUCGCCUCAUGAUGCCGGACGGCGAGGAGCCGAGACGGGUUGAGGACACAAACGCGGGUAACGGCAGCACGGGAGACUGGGGCUCCCAAACCAAGAACAUGCUCAGCGGGGUGAUUGGCACGGCGCGUUGA